AUGCCCGUUGGUGCCAACUCCUCCAGCCAUACCAGAAAUACCUCAGACAAGCUCGAGCACCUCCUCCACCACCUCCUCCGGGCCGCACCGCCAGCAGCCAAAAAAGAUACCGCCAAGGUUUUGUAUGACUUCAACAUCCCGAUCCUCGCUGCGGCCGCUCCCCCGCCACCUCCACCACCUCCUGCAGCUCCUAGAGCAGUCACGCUUUCCAACGUGAACCCCGUAAACGCCGUCGUAACCAACGGCGCUUCUCGCGCUGCCGCGAAAGCCAAACCCACCCCACCAGCUCCACCGGCCAAACGGCCAAUCGCCAGUCGCAAGCCGGCGCCAUCCCCCGCCCCGCGAGACAGUGCGGUAAGCAUGAACUCGCACGACUCGUCGGGCGGGAGUGGCCGUGCCACGCCAAAUAGUAUGAAUAGUGCUAGCUUCGCGGGCGGGCUCGCGGAGGCGUUGAGGCAGAGACAGAGUGCGAUGAAGCCGCAGGACGGUGACGAUUGGUAG